AUGUAUUUUCUUAUCUGCUUACUCCCCCCCAUCCUAGAUCGAACGAUUGACUGUAAAAAUUCCUAAAAAUUGAACCCCCAUCCUUGAUCGAACAAUUUUCAUAUAAUUUUUAUAUAUAGAAAUAUAAUAGUUAUCAAAAGCUUGGAAGAUGUGCCUAAUGAAGUUGUUUUCAGAGACUUUGAGACGACAAGAAGCUACGAAAUCAACCAUCCGAAGUGCUUUAGUAAAUAACCUGGGCUUAAAAACUCAAUAAUCUAAAAUAUAGAGAUUCUUUAAAAUUUUAAAAAACAAAAUUUUAAUUCAAUAAGGAACAAAAUUAAAAUUUAUACAGUUUAAAAGUGGUAGCCAAUAAAUCAAAAUAUUAAAAAUUGGUCUUCUUAUGAAAUUAAUUCAAUUUUUUGCUGUAAAAAUAAUUAUUAAAUACUCUUAACCCUCUGAUUUAAAAGUAAAUAAAAAAAAAUAUAUAAAAUUUUUUCCCAAAAAAAUUUUUUUUUAAACCUAUCCUUGAUCGAACGAUGACGAGCCGUUAGAUCAAGGAUGGGGGGGAGUUAGUAAAUCAAAAUCGUAAUUUUUGUUUAUAUUGUUCUUUAAAACAUAAAGUUAAAAUUCUAAAAGCUUUCACCAAUGUAAUUACACUCGUGAUUUUUCAAAUUAUACAACUUGAUAAUUUUUUUUGAUUAUUUAGAAUUCGAUUGUGAAAGAAAAUUGCUAAUGAGCAUGGAGAAAUGAAUAAUUAUUGCUUGAGAUAUAAGCUUGAUAAAUAUUUCCUGGAUUCUUGAUAA